CGACAAUAGGACAAUAGGAAUAACCAUUUUUCUCUUUUUGGAUACAAGAGCAAACUAAAAGGGCAGACAGCAUCUCUCUGACUAGACGUUAGUUGCUAUGGCGACAAACCAGGAAGUUCAAGAAGCAAUUAAAACUCUGACUGACUCGAUAGCAAGUGUUAGCGGAGAUAAUGACAGGGCUUUUGUAGAGUCUUUCUCUGCAGCCAUUGCCCAGCACGAUAGGGAAGAGGCUGCGGCCAAGGCCGCCGCUGCGGCAUCUGCGCUCGCUGCUGCAGUAGAAACGCCAGUUACUACCGGUGCUGGAGUAGCGUCUUCAGGGAAUGUCUCUGCCAUUGAUGUUGGCGCAACAACCUCUACUACCCUUACUAGUACAGAAGUAAAUGAGAAUACCACUACUGCUAAUACUACUGCAACUACUAGCGGGACCACCACUACAACCACCAUCACAGAACAACUAAACGGACGCGAAGAACUUCAGCGCAUUGCAGAGCAGUAUCGACAGGAGCAGAAAUUGCAGGCACAGCAACAAGAGGGCCGGACUCAAGCAUCAGAACAAACCGCCGCGCAGGUAGUAGUAGACCAAGAUGAAGUGCUGCAGCAAAUUGCUAGUGUUGCUGUGGAUACUGGAAGCACCUUGGCUACCGUUCCUAUCACAUCAGUAUCGUCCGCAAGCACCGCCUGCCAAGCCUGUUCCAGGAUCAGAUGAAUGGCACAAAAUGCGCCGCGAUAACCACAAGGAAGUAGAGCGUAGACGCCGAGAAACUAUUAACGAGGGCAUCAAUGAAAUCGCCAAGGCAGUGCCUAACUGCGAUAAAAAUAAGGGUUCAAUUCUGAGACAGGCGGUCAAGUAUAUUCAAACGAUCCUUGCAGAGAAUGAACGCCUUGCUGC